UGUGGCCUUCAGGAUAUUUGAUGGAUAUCAUAGCAUCCAUCACAAGUUUCCUAUCAACAUUUUGCCCAAAGAUGACAGCCCCCCAUUCCUCAUAACCAAUGUUGUGGUUGAAUUAGAGGAAGGGCAGACCAUCCUGAUCCAGGGGUCCAUGCUGAGAGCCGCAGACAUGGACUCCAGUGAUGACUACAUCUUCUUUAAUAUCACAAGACCCCCGCAGGCUGGAGAGAUCAUGAAGAAGCCAGGGCCGGGGCUGAUAGGCUAUCCUGUCCCUGGCUUCCUUCAGAGGGAUUUACUUAAUGGGAUCAUUUACUAUCGUCACUUCGGUGGAGAAAUUUUUGAAGAUUCUUUUGAAUUUGUCAUGUGGGAUAGCCAUGAACCUCCAAAUCUUUCAGUGCCACAGGUAGUAAUGAUCCAUGUCACUCCUGUGGAUGACCAGCUCCCACAGGAGGCUCCCGGAGUUUCUCGGCAUUUGGUUGUCAAGGAAACAGAGGUGGCCUACAUAACUAAGAAACAUCUACAUUUCCUAGACACAGAAUCCUAUGGGGAGCUGCUCUACACAAUAACAACCCCUCCAUUUUUCACUUUCAGCCACAGACAUUUGGACGCUGGGAAGCUAUUCAUGGUGGACAGCAUACCAAAGCUAACAAAAAAUCCUGCAGCCUUGGGACUGAGGUCAUUUACUCAGCGUGCUGUGAACUAUUUGAAAGUAGCCUACAUGCCACCCAUGGAAGAUGUAGGCCCCCACCUUCAACAGGUCCAGUUCCGAUUUUCCGUCAGUAACCAACACGGUGGCACUUUGCUCGGGAUCUGUUUUAAUAUUACGAUUCUCCCAGUGGACAAUCAGAUUCCCAAGGUCCUCACCAGCCACCUGAGAGUGGCAGAAGGAGAUCUGUGUGUCAUCAGCACACAGCACAUUCUGGUUUCUGACGCGGACACCGCACUGGACAGUCUCCGGCUCUCCCUGCGGGAGCUGCCUCUGAGUGGAAGGGUGGAGCUACAUGGAUUUCCUCUGGGUGCAAGGGAUUCCUUUUCUUGGGAAGACCUCCAUACCCUAAAAGUUAGGUAUCGACAUGAUGGAUCUGAGGUUCUUCAGGACGACAUAUACUUGCAGGUCACAGAUGGCACAAAUUGGGCCGAAUUUGUUCUACAUGUUGAGGUAUUCCCUGUAAAUGAUGAGCCCCCAGUCCUAAAGCCUGGCCUCAUCCCCAUGAUGCAUUGCCCAGAGGGUGGAGAGGUGGUCAUCACUCACGAGUAUGUUUCUGCUACUGAUGUGGACAGUGAUGACUUGAAACUGAUGUUUUGGAUUGCCCGAGAACCCCAGCAUGGGGUGGUGAGGAAGGCCGGAGUCGAAGUGGAUCAGUUUUCCCAGGGAGAUCUCAGCUCCGGAGCUGUGACAUACAGACACACAGGUGGCGAGGUUGGCGUGGUGCCUUGUUUUGACACCAUUGCAUUGGUGGUUUCUGAUCAAGAAGCUGGCCCUUCUGUGAAUGGCUGUUGCUACAAUGGACCGAAUCCAUCUGUUCCUCUUCAUGGGUCCUUUCCAGUGUAUGAUCUGAAUGUCACAGUAUAUCCAGUAGACAAUCAGCCACCUUCAAUUGCAUUAGGCUCCAUGUUUGUUGUGGAUGAGGGGUCCUCAGCGGCACUCACCGUUCACCAUUUGUCUGCCACUGACCCGGACACUGCUGCAGACGACUUGGAGUUUGUUUUGGUUUCUCCGCCGCAGUUUGGCUACCUUGAAAACACACUCCCUUCUGCAGGGUUUGAGAAAAGCAAUAUGGGGAUCAGCAUAGCCUCCUUCCAGUGGAAAGACGUGAAAUCUUUGCACAUUAACUAUGUGCAGUCCAGGCAUCUGAGAACGGAACCCAUUGCCGACCAGUUCGUGCUGUGCGUCACGGAUGGGAAGCGCCGCUCCCUGGAGGCUCCGUUUUCUGUUAUGAUCAAGCCCACCAAUGAUGAAGCCCCUGACUUCGUAGUACAGAAUAUUAGUGUGUGUGAGGGUCAGAUGGCCGAGCUGGACUCAUCCGUCCUCAGUGCUGCUGACCUUGACGUCCCCAAGGACCUCUUACUGUUCAGCAUCACUCGCCAGCCCCGUCACGGCCUCCUCAUCAACAGGCUGUUCAGCAAGGACUUGCUUCAGAACAGGCAGCUGGCCAGCCCUGGCCAAAAACAUGAGCCUGUUCACAACUUUUCCAUGGAACUUUUCAAGUCUGGAAUGAGACUGACAUACGAGCAUGACGGCUCAGAGAGCCUUGAAGACGACUUUGAGAUCCAGCUGUCCGAUGGGAAGCACAAGACCCUCAGAACCAUUUCAGUAGCAGUUACCCCAGUCAACGAUGAGAAACCAACGCUGAACAAGAAGGCUGAAAUUACAAUGAAUGUGGGCGAUACUCGUAUUCUUUCUAGUGCUGUUCUUUCUGCCACAGAUAAAGACUCACCUAGGGAGAAGAUUUAUUAUGUAUUUGAAAGGCUUCCCCAAAAUGGGCAACUUCAGCUUAAGGGGCCAAGUGAAGUGUCCACUGAGCUGGCUGGAGGAGCAAACCAAGGGCAGCUGACUGAUUCCGGCCCCUUUCAGACAGGAAGGGACUGGGCGCCGCUCUCUCUGGGCAUGAGGUGCACGCAGGGGGAAGUGGACCUGAACCUGCUGAGAUACGCACACACCGGGGCCCAGGACGCCCGCAGCCGAGACAGCUUCACCUUCUACCUCUGGGACGGCGACAACACAUCGCCCGCGUUUGACUGUCACAUCGUCAUCGAGGGCGUGGGGAGAGGGAAAGGUGAUAUUGCCGUUCUCACAAAGCCACUCGUGGUGUCUGAAGGUGGCAGAGGUGUUUUGACAGCCGCCACUCUGCUGGCGGUGGAUGGGUCAGACGGGCGUGAGGAGCUGCUGUACUUCGUCACCGCCCCGCCGCAGUAUGGCCAGGUGGAACACGUCCACUCGCCUGGCGUCCCCAUUGCAAGCUUCAGCCAAGUGGACGUAACAGGACAGAGAGUCUGCUACGCACACAAGAGCAAGGUGGCCGCCCCCAGGGACAGCUUCAGUGUGGUGGGAGAGUCUGCUGGAGACAUCAAUGGCUAUGCCGGAGAGACCAGUGCCCCUUCUGGAGAAGCCAGUGAGUGCAUGUGCACAAAUGCUCAGAAGUGA